CCGCUUACGAAUCAACAAGGAAGACUUAUUCAAGGCGCCAAUUUUGUAUCGCUGUUGGAAUCGAGAGAGGGUUUUUUCUUCUCUGUUUUGCUUUUUCGGUGUUCUCCGGUAACGGCGCGACAAUGACUGAAAACACUUUUCCCGUGUACACCGCGGAGGCGAUAGUGACCUUUUACCGAGCGGAGGUUCUCACCGGCCAAGAGGCCAAACACUUCACCAAGAGCGACCUGACUCCGGCUCCGAAGCCGGAGACAGUUCAAACACUGUACAUGAGGGUGCUGCAUCUCCUGUACCGUUUCAGACCCGAGUGUCACUCUAUGGUUCCUCUUCUGGAGAACAUCCAGUAUCCGGUGUAUCACGAGGGGGCGACUGCCAUCAUGAGCGUCUACAUGCGCAUGCGGCAGUUUCUGCCCAUGUGCCUGGUGUAUGAUUUCUCACUGAAUGACCUUCUAGCCCCAAAGAAACAGAAGACUCUGACUAUUCUCAGUGCAAUCAUGAACUUCCUUCACUUCAGGAAGCAGAGGAUGGACGUGGUCUUGGAGAAGCAGGCCAAAUUCAGAUCGGACAUGGAAAGGCUGCAAUCUUACAACCGAGGCAACCGAGAAGCAGAGAAGAAGAUUGAGCUGCUGACCACCAUCCCACCGGAGCAGCAGGCCGAGGCGGACGAGCUGGCAGCUGCGCUCUCUGAACUGCAGGCCACCACCAUGCAUGAGUACCAGGAAGUGAAUGUCAAAAACGACUGCAUCGCUGAAUGGAAAACCAAAAUUGCAGAGAAGUCUCAGAAACUGGCCCAGUUGAAAGUGGACGUCAGCAACCUGAAGGAGGACAUCGGCAGGCUCAAGUCUCAGAUUGUGGAGUCUCCAGAGGAGCUGAAGAGUCAGAUGGAGAAGAUGAGGGAGAACGUCAAGAACAUCAAGAACUCCAUUAAAGAGACGGAUGAGCGCGUGGUGGAGCUGCAGAACAUGGUGCAGAGUGUGACUCACACGGAGGCUGAGAUCCAGCAGAUGUUGAACCUGCUGCAGGACCUGGAGAGCAGCAUGAACAACACCAAGCAGAGGCAGGAGACGCUCCAGGAGCUCACCGCUCAGUAUGAGAAGAAGCAGAAGGAGCUGAAGAACCUGUGUGUGGAGGAAGCCCAGGUGAAGCGAGCGCAGGGCAUGAAACUGGACAAAGAGUCCAAGCAGAACAUCCGGAGACAGAUGAAGAAAGAGAUGAAGGAGCAGCACGUUCAAGAUGUUUUGGGGCAGUGUAACCAAAUCCACCAGAAGCGCGAGGAGAUGGCGGACAGAAUCCAAGAGAUCUCCAGAGAGACGCAGCAGCUGAAGGCCAAGAUCCAGAGCCUGAGAGACGUGUGCAGCAAGGAGACGGAGAAAGCUCAGGCCCUGUACGACACCCUGUCGUCUUCAAUGGAUGACUUACACAGAAGAAUCGAGAUGCACAUCGUGGACUUGAAACAAGACGUCACCAAGAUGUCUGCCAACUUUUAGAUGGAUCUCUUUCUUUUUUUAAAUUUCCAUCAUUUAUAUAUAACUGUGUUACUUAAUUAUCUGUCAUGUUUUUUUACUGUUCUGACCUGUUGUUCGCCUUUUUUGACUAUUAAUAUUUAAAAUGUUUGAACUAGAGUGUUGUAUUUUAAUGAAAGCGAUCCCUGUCAUCUAUUCAUCAGUGAACUAAUCCGUUGCAGUAAAACCUCAAAUGUAUUUCAUUCAAGAUUUGCAGGACACUAGUCACGUGUUAACACUGUUGCACUAGUGUGGUUGAGGGGUUGUACAUUAUAGCCAUUGUAUAUAUGAUCAGUCCUAACCAAACUUCCUCUCAAGGUGAGACUUUUAAGUGUUUCAGAUAAAAAGAAUAUAACAAAAGAAUAAAAACUCAAAACCAAA